GACACGUCAAGCGGCCGCCACACAAAAUAGGCUGGAGGAAACCUGUACAAUGAAGACAACCAAAAGUUUGACACAACUGUUUGUUAUAGUACUGGCACUAAAUCUGAACCUGAUAAUUAACACGCUCGGGGAACCUGACGAGCAUGAAGGAGAAAAAAAGGAAGUGAAAGAGAAACACAUCUGUCAUGAGAUUUGCCAAUGUAGUCAAUUGGGCGUGGAGCAAUGUUGGGUGAAUUCAACGACUUCCAUAAAUAAACUUCCAUCUAGCACGCACUUAAGCAUUCAGGCUGACGCGCAAACGGUUUUCCCUGACAACUGCAUUCCUAAAACAUCGUUAUUGGAAAUAUUCUCAAAUGGAGCAAAAAUUAAUGACUACGCCUGGAAUGAUUCGGCAGAUUCUCUCGUUUGGCUAACACUAAACGGUGUGCAGCUCAACAAUAUCACGGCUUCGUUUAGCUAUUUGAGUAAACCUUUACACGUAAACAUUGUAAACUCAACACUGAAUGGCCAGUCUAAUCUGCAGUUUAAAAAUCUGGAUACCUGGCUAAUAAUUGAGUCUUCAUGCCUUACAAAAAUGCCAAAAAUAACAAAUUUUCAAUCUGCUACAAAAAUAAGUUUUUUUAACAACUCCAUAACAAAAAUCGAGAACCUACCUAACACUAACAGCAAAUACGAACUGUACUUAAAUCGUAACAAAAUAAAGAAAAUCGAAAAUUUACCGAAUUCGAUUCGUUUUCUCACGCUUCACCGUAACAAUAUCUCCGAGAUAAAUAAAAUGCCAGAAUCUUUAACCCAGCUACACUUGUCUUAUAACAAAAUUUGUCAAAUAAGAAACAUACCGUUCCUUGUAGUUCAAUUGGUUUUAUCUUCUAACAAAAUCGAUUCUAUAGGCGAAAAUAGCUUUCCGGCAAACUCUAAACUAGAACAGCUGUUCUUGUUUAAUAACUCACAUCCAAACAUGCAAGUGACGGCAACUGCUUUUAAAAACACCCCUAAUCUUAAAGAAAUAUACCUCAGCGGCACAGAGUUCACUGCACCGCUUGAAACAUUCAGUAGUUUAAAAAACUUGACAAAACUGGUGCUUGGCGUCAAGUAUGCAGAUUUUUGCGAACGUAUAAAUAAAAAACUUGGCAAAGAAAAUCUGUGUUCCGUUAAAGAUAACAUUGUUGACACAAUCUACAACGAUUUAGGCUAUUUGUAUUAGCCAUGAAUAUAAUUAAAAAUCAUUUAGUACAUCAGAUCUAAGAAAAACAAAAUUUUAGAAAUAAGUAUUGUUAUUUAUUUUAAUUCAUGUUUAUAAUUUUCUAAUGUAUUAAGUGAAAUUAUCAAUAAUGGUUUCUG